AUGACUGUUGACUUGUGUUUAGAGUGUAUUGAAUGGGCCAAAUCAGAGAAGAGGACUUUCCUACGCCAGGCUCUGGAGGCGAGGCUGGUCUCUCUCUACUUUGACACCAAGAGGUACCAAGAAGCUCUGCAGCUAGGCUCCCAGCUGCUUCGGGAGUUGAAGAAGAUGGAUGACAAGGCACUGCUGGUGGAAGUGCAGCUCUUAGAGAGCAAGACUUACCAUGCCCUGAGCAAUCUGCCAAAAGCAAGAGCAGCCUUAACCUCGGCACGCACCACGGCCAAUGCCAUCUACUGUCCCCCCAAGCUGCAGGCAGCGCUGGACAUGCAGUCAGGUAUUAUCCAUGCAGCAGAAGAGAAGGACUGGAAAACAGCCUAUUCAUAUUUUUAUGAGGCAUUUGAGGGCAAUGAUUCAAUUGACAACCCCAAAGCCAUCACUGCUCUGAAAUACAUGUUGCUGUGCAAAAUCAUGCUCAACAGCCCAGAAGAUGUGCAAGCAUUAGUGAGUGGGAAGCUUGCUCUGCGAUAUGCAGGAAGACAGACAGAAGCACUAAAAUGUGUGGCACAGGCCAGCAAGAACCGGUCGCUGGCAGAUUUUGAAAAGGCUCUGACAGACUACAAGGUGGAGCUCAGGGACGACCCCAUCAUAAAUACUCACCUGGCCAAGCUCUAUGAUAAUUUAUUGGAACAGAACCUGAUCAGAGUCAUUGAACCCUUCUCCAGAGUACAGAUUGAACACAUAUCCAGCCUCAUCAAGCUGUCAAAGGCUGAGGUAGAAAGGAAACUGUCACAGAUGAUCUUGGACAAGAAGUUUCAUGGAAUCCUUGACCAGGGCGAGGGCGUCCUGAUCAUCUUCGACGAACCUCCCGUAGACAAAACUUACGAGGCUGCCCUCGAGACGAUUCAGAACAUGAGCAAAGUAGUGGAUUCUCUCUACAACAAAGCCAAGAAGUUGACAUAGAGUUGAAUUUGCUAGCUGUCAUUUGGAGAGUGUGUGUGACAGGAGAGUGAAACCUUUGGGAAAAUGUUAGGAGACUUUUUUUUUUUCUUCUUUGUUCUACUUUUCGCUCGGAAAGUUUUUAAACUUCCUCAUCCGGUGCAUCUUGUAUUCCAGACGAUGCGUGUUCCAGUUUCCAUGUAAUCUUUACUGGCCGAACUUUGUAUCUGGGGGGGGAAUAUUGUUUAAACAAAGAGGGUAUUCUAAAUAAAAGGAAAAAGGCUUACACUA